UGACUGAAUCCCAAGAAAAAGAAAUUUUCUGACGAAAAAGGUAUUUCAAAUCGUUGUAACAGGAAAUCCCGAUAAUUAUCGCAAUAGGAAGGAAGACACAAAUAUAUUUCUUUUUUUCAUUAUGUAUUUAAGAUAGCACAAUUCAUAAAAAUGCUCAUUGAAGUAUUUUACUCAACUUUGUGUACUCAGAUCAGUCAAAAUGAUGCAUCAGUGUAUUUUCGUGUUCAUUUUUACGUAUUUCGCGUUGAUAGCAAAUAUUCGCGGAUUAGAUUCAGAAUUUAGUGACUCGCAAGCUUCACUUGACAAUUUAGAUGCUGAUUUGACACCGUUGCAAAUUAUCAAAAAAUAUGGAUACCCCAGUGAAGCACAUGCAGUUGAGACAACAGACGGAUACAUCUUAGAAUUGCAUAGGAUUCCUUACGGAAAAGCAGGACCUGGAAAUAAGAAAAAGGUUCCAGUAUUUUUACACCAUGGUUUACUCGGCUCCUCAAUGCAUUGGGUUAUCAAUGGGCCCAACAAAUCAUUAGGCUACAGAUUGGCAGACGCAGGUUACGAUGUAUGGAUGGCAAAUGCUCGCGGAAACACAUUUUCAAGAAAACAUGUCGAGUAUAACCCAUACCAAAAAGAGUUUUGGAAUUACAGUUUCCACGAAAUAGCUUUAUAUGAUUUACCAGCAGCAAUCGAUCACAUUUUGGAGACCACUGAAGAAAAGCAAUUGAUCUACAUUGGAUAUUCAAUGGGAACAGCUGUAUUUUACGCGAUGGCGUCCACUUUAACCGAAUAUCAGGAAAAAAUCAAAUUUCAAAUCAGUUUGGGUCCUGUUAGUGCUAUUCCACAUUCAAACUCUGCAGCAAGAUCGCUAAUUUCGUACAUGAAUCAGAUCGAUAAAUUAGCAGGAUUGUACAGCAAUGGGGCCUUUAUGGAGCGCGAUUUAACAAUGAAAAACUUCGGACCUUUUUUUUGUGGUCCUGGUACAUCAAAUAACGAGAAUUAUUGCAAGAAAUACAUUUUCUUUAGCGUUUUUGGAGAAAGUCCGGAACAAUUUGAUGAUAAUUUACUUCCAGUGAUUUCAAAUAAUUUUCCUGCGGGGACAUCGUGUAAAAAUAUGAUCCACUUUUCUCAAUUGAUCAGUAGUGGCACGUUUGCCCAAUUCAAUUACGAAGAGGAUGAAAAUAUGAGAAAAUACGGUUCCGCCACUCCUCCUGAAUACAACAUAGAUAAAAUCAGAGUGCCUAUGAGACUUUACUAUAGCGAUAAUGAUCUGCUUUCAACUCCCUUAGAUACAAAACUAUUCUACCAGAAAAUCGCCAAACCUUUGGGCUUGAAAAGAGUCAACUUGGAUAAAUUCAACCACAUUGAUUUCUUAUGGGCAAAGGAUAUUAAUCGACUUUUAAACGACGAAAUAAUAAAAUUUAUCAAUAAUUCGACAAAUCACAAUAGCAACAAUGGCAGUUCUAAUUUCAUUCAGAAUACCAUCACUGAAGCUUUGGAUACGAGAAAAAAUACACCUGUUCCGGUAAACGUGCCUUUCGACGAAGAAUCAUUUUCAAAUAAUAUUGGCAAAGACUUCUUAGCCAAUGUUUAUAAAAACUUCAUUCAAGCUAUAUUUGGAACUUUACUGAAGGGAUGGACAAUGAAAAAAUAAUAUGUAUAUGAAACUUAUUUUUUUAUUCGUCAUUUAAAAUGUUUGUUUUAUAUUUUUGUACAAUUUAAACCCUAAUGCAUAUAAAAUAUGUGAUUAAAAUCAACUCUUUGA